AUGGACGGAGUCCCACCUGAGAGUGUGCUGUCAGGCUGGUCAAAGCAGGAUGCGACAUUGUCGGGAAUAAAUUGCCACUUGGAUCCUCUGACGUGCGUCCGUACGGUGAAGUUGAUGAAAGCAGGAUUAGACAAAGCUGGACUGAAAGCUCAUCUCAUGAUCCAGCCGCUGGGCUUCCACACACCUGAGUGCAACCUGGGGGGAUACACCAGCCUUCCUGAGUACCCCUUUGCAAUGGAGACCAGAGCAAUUACCCGCUGGGACAUACAUAUUGCGAGGGAGGCUUACAAUGCUGGAAAUCGUAUGAUAGGUGGCUGCUGUGGAUUCGAGGCCUACCACAUCAGAGCUAUAGCGGAAGAGUUGGCCGCAGAGAGAGGAUUCCUGCCUCCAGCCUCGGAGAAGCACGGACUGUGGGGAGCUGCUCUGGAGAUGCACACUAAACCCUGGGUCAGAGCUAGCGCUCGUCGAGAGUACUGGGAGAACCUGCUGCCUGCUUCUGGACGCCCCUAUUGCCCCUCCAUGGGCCCGCCAGGCGAUGACUAUGAAAAACAGCUGGAAUCUUAAAUACCAACAUAAUCAUUUGUAUAUGUCAAGAAGGUUUCUUUAUUCAUCAUAAUUCUGUUCAGAUUAACCACUUGUUUCAUAUUAAGAAUUUGAAUCAACCACAUCGUUUAACCAUUUAUACAGUUCACUCUUUCCA